AUGAAGAAACUCGCCAAUUACCUGCCGGCGAUGUUUCCCUCUUUGAAAUUGAUUUUCUGCCUUUCCCUACUCCUCCUUCCACUCAUUGACCGCACUGAAUCGGUUAGAAUUGAGGUGGAAAAUCUGCCUGAACGAUGUGACUUUUCCAAGUGCGCAGCAGUGAGUGACCGCCAGCUCAAUGUUCAUCUGGUUCCGCAUACACAUGCAGACGUCGGCUGGCUGAAGACCGUAGACCAGUACUACUAUGGAUCCCGGUCGGAUAUUCAGAAGGCCGGCGUACAGUACAUUUUGGAUUCAGUAGUGCAGGCACUGGUCCGUAACAAGGACCGUCGGUUCAUCUUUGUGGAGACGGUUUUCUUUGCAAAGUGGUGGCAGGAACAGGACGAGCAGACAAAGGCCGUCGUCAAAGAGCUAGUCAACACCGGUCAGCUGGAGUUCAUCGGCGGUGGGUGGACUAUGAACUGCGAAGCCACGACACAUUACAGCUCCAUCAUUGACCAGAUGACACUUGGCCAUCAAUGGCUAAAUGAGACGUUCGGCCACUGCGCCACGCCAAGGGUAGCCUGGCAAAUUGAUCCUUUUGGGCAUUCACGCGAGCAGGCAAACCUUUUUGCGCAAAUGAACUUUGAUGGUCUCUUUUUUGCUCGCAUCGAUUUUGAGGAUCACACCUUCCGACGAACGGAGAAGACAAUGGAGCACGUCUGGCAUGGCAGUGACGAUCUGGGCGCUGGCUCUGAUCUAUUUACCAGUGUCAUCAACAACGGCUAUGGCCCACCUGAAGGCUUCAACUGGGACCUGAUUGGCGGCGAAGACGAACCAGUGAUUGACAACAUCCAGUCGGAGGAGUACAAUGUCGAUGCCAUUGUGGAGAAGUUUGUCACUGUUUCCAAACGGUACAGUCUAAUCUACGCCACCAAUCACAUUCUCUUUCCAAUGGGUGAAGACUUCAACUACCAGUCAGCUGGAAUUUGGUAUAAAAACCUGGAUAAACUGAUCAAGCACGUCAAUCAGCGACAAAAUCAAGUGCGUGUCUUCUACUCGACGCCUUCCUGCUACCUGAAGGCACUGCACGACACUGGACACGUCUUCACCACAAAGGAGGACGACUUCUUUCCCUACUCCAGCGAUCCGAACGCCUUCUGGACUGGAUACUUCACCAGUCGACCUACGUUGAAGCGAUUCGUGCGUGUGGGCAACAACUGGCAUCAAGCGUGUAAACAACUCGAU